UUCCUACGCACCAUCGUCUUUAAUACCAAACCUCAGCCCCUUGUAUUCUCUUCAUAUUGUUCUUUUUUUAUUCCUUUGAUCUGAUAACAAAACAGAGAAAACGAUUCAGACACAACCAUAUUUCUAGAGGAACCUGAUUUCUUCACUUGAAAAACAUGUCUAAACCUAGAGAUACGGAGAUAAAGUUGUUUGGAAGGACAAUUACAUCUCUUGUAGAUGUGAGUAAUUAUGAUCCGUCGCCGUUGUCCCCUAACGUCCAGAGCAAGGAAGCUUCUUCCUCUUCCUCGUCUUCUUGUUCUCCUUCUAUAGGACCAGACAGGGUUCUCGUUGAUAAAACCGAGCAAGAAAAUAGCAGAUUCAAGGAUCCUUACAUAUUACCCCAUCUUAACGAACCGCCAAAGGCAGCAUCUGAGAUAUUAUCACCAAGAAGCUCCAAAACCAACACCGAUCAACAGAGCGAGAUCACAACGACAAGUACAUCAGCAGCAACUGAUGAACCAACAACUCUCAAGAAACCGGACAAGAUACUUCCAUGUCCGAGGUGCGAAAGCACAAACACCAAAUUCUGUUACUACAACAACUACAACGUCAGCCAGCCACGUUACUUCUGCAGGAACUGUCAGAGGUACUGGACAGCUGGUGGGUCCAUGAGAAACGUCCCCGUAGGCUCAGGUCGCCGCAAGAACAAAGGAUGGGCUGCUUCAAACCAUUACUUGCAGGUCACGUCUGAGGAUUAUGAGAACAAUAACCACUCGGGAACGAUCCUCAGUUUCGGUUCUUCAGAAUCCACAUUAACAGAGACUGGGAAGAAUCAACCAGGAGAUGCAAAGAUAACCGCUGAUUCAGCUUCUCAAGAACACAAAACAAAUCAAGGGUUACUUCCUCCGCAAGUAAAGUUUCCUAAUAAUUCUUCCCCUUGGCCUUACCAAUGGAGUCCAACGGCUCCUAAUGCUAAUUGCUACCCUAUCCCUUUCUAUUGGGGCUGCAUGGUUCCUGUAUGGCCUACCUCAGAGACUUCACCAUGUUUAGGGAAACGAUCAAGAGAUCAAACCGAAGGAGGAGGAAUGAAAGAUGCUUCUACUAUACCAAGAGCAAGAUUGAUUAGCGAAGCUACUAAUAGCGCGGUAUGGUCGACAAAACCAGAGAGAAGAACAGAAGGAAUAAGUUUGUUCAAUGGAUUUGAAACAAAGGGUAGUAACAGAAGAAGCUUGGCCCCUGAAACUUCUAUCAAUCUACAAGCAAACCCUGCAGCGAUGUCUAGAUCUAUGAACUUCAGGGAGAGCAUGCAAGAAUAAUAAAACACUGAUAUAGUAUAUAUGUAUACAUAAAUAGUCAUGAAUUGAGAGAUUUGAUUUAAGCUACUUGUUACCUUGCCAGAGAAGGGAAAGCUGUGUAGAUCAUUUGUUGUUUCGAACUAAGAAUAGAUAUAAUAUGUUGGAGUUGUGGAUAUUUCUUUCCAUUGUGAGGAUGAAGUUGCAACAUAUAUAAACUUUUUGAUUAAUACCUCUCCAUUUGUUGUUUUCGUUAUGAAUGAGGAAUACAGAAACAAUAAAACAUAGUAGCUAUGGGGAACGAGUUCA